AUGCCCGCCACGCCUCUGUUCCACCCGAAGAACGAGUCGUCCAAGGGGACGGGCAGGCUCGGCCGCCUCACGAAACGAGAGGCAGCUUCUCUGGCUUCUCUCAAGCAGCUGGCGCGCAAGCAAGGCUUGUCCUUGGGGCUUGUGCGCGGGCCGGGCGAGCAAAACGAUGUAUGCCUGCUACGGUUCCUGCGGGCGCAGCGGUUUGAAGAGAAGAGGGCGCUAGCCUCCCUCGUCUCCUGUGUGGAAUGGGGGGCAAGCGUGGGCCUUUCGGGCCUGCGUGGACACCCCGGCGGGGGUGCGGCGGAGGGCCAGGAGGGGUCAGCGCCGUCGCCGCUGCCGGCCGCCGAGGGCCUCGUCUGCCUCGGUUCGGGUUUCGACAGGCUUGGCAGGCCGCUGGUCGUCGUAAGGCUCGGGGGCCUUACCCACUCGCUGGUGGAGGCGUGCGGGAAGAAAGCGUUGCUGAGGUACUUCAUCUGGAGCGUGGAGCGGGUGCUCGAACGGGUCGCCUCGUCCAUGCUCUCGACGCAGUUCAUCAUCGAAGGGAGCACCGUUGUUUGCGACGCCAGGGGCUGGGACCAGGACAACGCGAGCGACAGCGUUCUCUCUCUCUUGCAAGACGCCGCCGCCAUCGGCCUUUCCCGCUACCCCGAGCGUCUCGGCCAGCUCUUCGUGGUGAACGUGCCAGCGGCGGACCGCGCCUCCGGCGGCAGCACCGGCGGCGGCGGCGGCGGCCUGAUGCUCGCCGCCCGCGCGCUCGGGCUGGGGGCGGCUCUCGAGGCGGGGAAGCUGAGGGUGCUGCCCGGGGAGCUGCCGAAGUGGGCCCCGGAGCUGCUCAAGGCUAUCCCUCCAGAACACCUCCCAGUGGAGUACGGCGGCACGGCGCCCGCCUUGCCCCGAUGGCCCGUCUUGCCGCAACCCUCUACAGCCGAUGCUGCUCCGGUGGGCCGACCGGCGGGGGCUACUAGCCCCCUCGCCGGCAUCCGAGCAGUACCCGGAGCCCCUGACCCUUGCUCCGCCGGAACCGGUGCCAAGCGGGGGUCGGGCUCACCCGACCGGGGGAACGGGAAUCGUGCGACAGCAGGAAGCGGCGUACUCCAACCUCUCCUCUCCCUAGCGAAUGGAGGAGCGAGGCCGGGGCGUACGUCUUACACGAUCGGGGGCGUGGACGCGAUCGCGCUCCUGCUCAUCCUGUGGGCGCUGCACCGGGAGAGCCCGCGCCUCGGGGAGACGGCCAUGCUUGGCCUGGCGGUCGCCCUCCUUGCGAGGGAGUGCGUCGGGGGCGCGGCCACCCUCCCCUCCGCGAAUCGCCGGGUGCCGCUCCUGCACGACCCUCGCGCCCUCGUCGCCGCUGCCGCCGCCGCCGUCGGCGCCGCCGCCUCGCGAAGCAGUAAUGUCGCUGGCACCGGGGUGGUGGCCGAGGGAGAGGGUUUCCAAGGAGGAGGCGUUUCCGGACCCAGGGACGGGGACGGGGGGUGGGAGGGAGUGAGCCUGCUCGGCGGGGAGGUGGAGGUGGUGAGGGUCGUGGGGAGGGGGAAGAGCGGCUUCGACCGGUUCUGCGUGAGGGUGGUGGAGGUGGCGUCCCAGUCCCAAAGGCAGGCUGGCGUAGUCGGCGCUACCGCGCCCACUAGCCGGCGGGAAUGGGUGGCCUGGCGGCGGCUGACGGAAUUCGUAGCUCUCAGGGUUUCCCUCAUGGAGGCCGGGUGCCCGGCCGCCGAGGGGGGCGACCGCGACACCCGGAUGUGGCAACUCCCCCCGGCGGUUCCCUUCGGGCUGCUGAUGCAAAGGCUCGAGGCGUGGUUGCGGAGGCUCCUGCGGGAUCCCGAGGCUGUCAAGAGAGAGGAGCUCCGACGAUUCCUCCUGGACGCCCCCCGCACAACAACCGCCGAGAACGUCGCCGCCGCCGCCACCACCACCACCACCACCGCCGCCGCCUCGAGCUCCCUCCCGGCAUGCCAGGACCCGGCCAUCGCCACAAACGCCGCCGGGACUGCUGCUGCUGCUGGCGCUGCCGCUAGCGGUGCCGCCAAUAGCAAUGCCACGUCGAGGAGGAGGACGGCACCGACGGUGCUGUCGACCGUGCACGAGCCAUUGUCGCCGAUCUCGGCGGCGGCGGCGGCGGCACCUGCUGGCAGCGGUGGCUUGUUGUGCCCGGAAGCGGGGGGGGGUCCCGCAGAGGAGGAGGUGGGGGGGGGGGAUGACAGCGCGGAGGCUCGGGUUAUUCCUAGCCUUCGACCCGAGCUGAAGACCAUGUUCCGAGACCCCGGAGAGUGCCAUGCCCUCAGAGUGCCCAAACACGAGCACAACCAGUGGCUUCGCCGCGCCAACCGCGCCUCCGCAACGACAUCAUCAUCGUCAUCAUCGUCAUCAUCGGCGCAAUUCGUGUCCCCUGCGAGCACCACGACGUCGCCAACUCUCUCGAGGCCACCCUCCAACGAAGGGAUGGGGGGCGCCGCAGCCGGGGGCGGGGGGGGGAGGGGUGCCCGCCCGCCGCCGUGGGCGGCGGCGGGUAGUGACGGGGGCGGGGCCGAUGUCUCCGGGAACGGUGCGGGGACGAGUCCGACGUUUCCUGUCACGCCUCCUGGUACGGUUACCGGCGCGCGGGUAGUUUCGCCGCGUGGUGAUUACUCCGCAAACGGGAAACACGCUGGCACUCCCUCGUCCUCGUCCUCUUCGGCCAGGAGGAAGGAUGGUGCCUCGUCUCCACGUCGACGGGAAGCUCUGAAGCGCUUCGUGUCGCUCGUGAAGCGCAAGGGGGGAAGCAAGCGAGGCCACAGGCCCUACGCAAGCGGCUUCAAGCUGCUGCACGUUGACGUGUUCCAGGUUCCGCCCGGCAAUCAUUUGCACCGUGUGGACCACAUCGUCGGCAGGGCGGGGGGGCGGGCACAGGCCCGUGUGAAAGACCUCACCUCUCAGCCCGGCGGGUUCAAGUUCCUCUUCGUGGUUAACCUGCAGCUGCCGCGGUCCUUCACAAAGAACACUUCCGCGGCCUCCGUGGUCUUAUACUGGGGCGUGCCGGCGGAAUGCCUGGGAGGCGCGGGCGCAAGCCCUUUGGACUUCUCCCGUUGCACCCCACCCCCGCAGCCGCCGAGGUCUCCCCGAAGAUCGGCAUCCCUGGCGUCGCAGGGAGCCGCGACACCAAUAUCGCCGUCGCCGCCGUCGUCUCCGCCGCUUCCCCCGGCCGCCUUCGAGCGAGAUCUCCUCAUGCGCUACAUCGACCUCCCAUUCCACCGCAUGGGCUCCAACGGCUCGGGUUUCGUCUCGCAUGAGCAGGCGGCGGUGGCCGGGGGGGAAAGAGCGCGCGGCGUCCCCGGGUUCUCGGCGGACGACGAGGACGAGAGCGAGAGCGGAGUGUUCCCCGACAAGGACUUCCGGAACAUGAGCCUGAAGGUCGUGACCUCUGUAGUCGAGGGCCGCUGGACGGUGCGAAAAGCGGUCGACGACGGGAACGCUCAGGUGCUAUCGCGGAAGCUUAACCAGCGGUACUUCCGAGGCAGCCUGUACAUGGAGACGGACGUUGAGGUCGGCUCGUCCGUCGCUGCGGAGAGCGUGGUGGGUGUCUGUCUGACGGAGCCGUGCGUGCUGGAUGUGGGCUUCUUCCUCGAGGGCGGCCACCGGGUCCUGGGCUGCGUCCGCGUCAGCGACCUCAGGCUUAAGGUCGCCGAGCCCCUCCUUGCCCCCGACUCCGUCGCGACCCCGCCCCCGCCUCCCGUCCGAGAGUUCCAGGACACGUGGGAGGACAACGGCGAGUCCCACGGGUUCAGGGUGAGGGGCCCCGGGUACCUGUCCGGGGGGGGGAAGGUGGCCGCCGGGACCCCCUUCGGCAAGCUUGUUCGUGCGGAUCUUUACAAGAUGGAGGCAGGGAUAGACCGCAUGGACAACAUCGGCUCGGUCGGUCGGUCUGCCAAGGUUGUCCGGCGCCUCGCCAAGAAGGGACAGUUCUUGGUCAUUGUCAACUUGCAGGUGCCAGGAAACCCGCCGCUGAGCAUGGUCCUCUACUACGCCGUGCCGGUGCCGCCGGGAGGCGUGCCCGAGGAAGGAGCGGGUGGGAAGACGACCGCAUUCCUGGACCUGUUUCGGCGUUUCGUCGAUCUCGGCCCCAAGCACAACUCGGACGAGGGAGACGGCAGCGUUUCCGAGUACGACGAGGAGGGGGAGGGGAUCGGAGAUGCCGGGGGCGGAGGACGCCUGCCCGGGGACGAUCUGCGGAACAUGAGGUUCAAGCUCUUUCCGGCGAUCCUGGAGGGACCGUGGAUCGUGCGCAAGGCGGUUGGCAGCAAGCCGACGCUCAUCGCGCAGAAGCUCACGUGUCGGUAUUUCAGGACGCGGUCCUACUUCGAGGUCGACAUCGACAUUGGCAGCUCUGUCGUCGCCUACAACACCGUCUCCCUGGCCAUCGGGUACGCGAAAAGCCUCUGCGUUGACAUGGGUUUCUGUAUCCAGGGGGAAACUGACGAUGAGUUUCCUGAGGUACUGUUGGGCGUGGUUCGCUUGAAAAAGAUGGACGUCCUACUUGCGGACAACCUUGGCGCCAACGAGGACCCUGAGGACGAUGAUUCCUCGGAGGACGAGGAGGAGGACGAAGAGGACGAAUUCGACCAACAAUUAAACCCCCUCGGCGGUACAGGCGAAGGCGAAGACGACCAGCAGGGGGGGCAGAAGGAGGCGAUACCCGUGGAGGGUUCGGCGGUGGCAGAGCAGCAGCACCAGGCGGGGGCAACAGAAGCGCCACCACCGGCUAGGCGGAGGAGCAGCGGCACAGCAAUGGACGCGGCGGUUUUCGUGGUGCCACCAGGAGGCGGAGCACAGGGGGGCGAUCCAAUCACAUCUCCAGGACUAGAGGGCGUGUUCAUCGACUCCGGGCACAUGCAUGGCCUUCGUGUGCGAGGGUCGAGCUACCUCAGGGACCGCCGCAAGAUCUCCGCUGGACCGUCCUUCGGCACCCUGGUCCGCGCGGAUCUGUUUCGGGUGGACGGGGCAAAACACCAUCUGUUCCGGGUUGACCACAUCUGCGCUCACGGGCGGAUGAAGGACAGGGUGGCCUUUUUUCAGUCGGGGCCCAACCCGCCGUUUCUCUUCAUUGUGAACAUCCAGAUGCCCGGGGACCGGGCCCACAGCGUGGUGCUGUGCUGGGGGAUGCGUCUGAAGGAGGCGAUGGAAGCGGACAAAGCGGGCAGGCUUUCUCCAGAGGACAGCAACUUUCUCAGGCUUUUCACGAGGUACAUUUCCCUGGACUUGGAGGGAGGGCUUCCGCUCAACGACAUCCGAAACCGCCGACUGAAGCUGUUCCCGAAGGUAUUGGAAGGGCCGUGGGUCGUGCGGAAGGCCGUCGGCAAGCCGUGCGUCAUCGGGAAGAAGCUGACGGCGAGAUACUUCCGGAGGCCCGGAUACUUCGAGGUGGACAUCGACGUGGGGUCGAGCACCCUGGCUAGCAAUGCCACCCACCUCGCCGGCGGCUACGCCAAGAACCUCGUGCUAGACCUGGCCUUCGCCCUUCAGGGGGAAUCCGAAGACGAGCUGCCUGAGAGACUAAUCGGGAGCGCGCGGAUCGUGAGACCUGACCUGGGUAGAGCGGAGCCUCUGGACUGGUAGAGAUAGCGAGGGAGCGCACCGCCAUGAGUCGACGCAGAAGGGGGCACGCUGCUCUUCCACUGUUUAUAGACUGUUCACGCGUAGUGUUUCUGGUGGAGUAUAUUGUUCAGGGGCAUUUUGUCGGCGGUGGCGAUCGUUGGUCAAUCACCUCGCAGACCGAAGUAUUGAGUGUUUCUGGAGAGAAGAGUAGAGUGGCCGUAGACGAAGAUACCGGCGGUUUUGUUGUGUACCGGGAAGAGGAUUUAGUAAUUUGUGACAAUGUCACCGGGGACCCUUGAUCAUGAAAACGAUGGUCGACUCAUCCACUCCCGCGUUCUGUAAGAGAGAACACGUGGGGCUGGAGUACGGUCACGCGGAAGGGCGUGUUGGGAAGUUAUGGGAGUGCGUGGCCAGAACGUAGGGUAGCAUUGGCGGACCCACACGGGUGACCACCACGAAAAAUGGUGUCUUGGUGGCCUGUCUGUCCGUCCGUCAAUAACUUUCGAAUAAGCCUUCAGGGGAAACGGAUCGAAAAUACAUUGUUUUUGUGGACAUCUUGUUCUCAGUGCAGUCGGGGUGCGGGCAAGUUAUUGGGUGUCUGACUAUCCCAACCUUAUCGCGUGUUGUGUCCUGGUCGUGGUUCCCCGUUUGCGUGCUUGUGAUAAAGAGAAGAGACAGUGUUUGUGCAAGGUUGGCAGUUGAGGUGCUGGGAAUCACCCGUCCGCCGCCAAUAAACCGGGGUGAUUCGCAAGCAUUUCUGAGCAAUAAACAAUAAUUGGUGAAUGUGCU